ACUCCGUGUAUUGUACUGGAAUUGGUGGAAUACACAGACAUGGUACAUUGAAGAAUACACUGAGCCAUUGAAGAAGAAUUAUACAAGAGGACAAAAUGAUUCCUUUGCAAUCUUUUUGCAGACUGCAAAAUUUGUGUAAAAUGCAGUCUGUACUUUCCCAAAGGAUCCAUACACUAUGUAAACAUAGUCCACAACAGAUUUUCAUUUCACAUUGUAUACCCAAAAGGACAAAAUUUGAAACCAUUGUUUGGAUAAAUCCAGGACUAACAAUUGAUUUUCUGAGUUUAAGAGAGGUACGUUCCUUCUCAAGCGAUUCAGACUCCAGACUUGUUCAUGUUCUAGAUUCAAACAAUAAUUUUUUACAUAAAAUGUCACUAAAAAUGGCUCAUAUCUUUGCACACAAGGAAGGGAUGAAAUUGUUUCAUAUUCCAAAGGAAUCAGCAGAGAAAAUAGAUGAAUUCAAACUUUUGUCAAACGCAGAAUUUCAAAAAGAAGUAUCAAAAUAUAAAGUUGAGAAGAUGAAAGAAGUCCAUUUGAGUGUGUAUAUUCAUGAGAAUGACCUAAAUACAAAACUUGCAGCUGUGAAGCAGCGUCUUUGUAAAGGAACUUCUGUGAGAGUAGUGCUGACAUCACAUGGAAAAAAUUUAAAAAGAUUUAAACAAGGUGGGCUUGUGGAUCUAGAGGGGAAACUGGCUGAGGAUGCUGAUCGAAUCAUAGCAGCAUGCGUGGAGAUAACUAAGGACAUUGCUGUAGUGACUAAGGCUAUCAAGGGUAAAAAGAAAUACUUACUUGAAUUGAAGAACAACAACUCCUAAGGUCCUCCAAAGUGAAUUUAAACAAAAAAACUAAGACUGAUACACAUGUAUACAAGUGAGAGGUGCUACCUUUAUGUGGCUUCAGAAUUAUGAUUAUUUUGAAUUAAAACAAUGAACAAUGAA